GGACGCCGAGACAUACAGACGUGUUUCCUAUUGAUACGAAGUAUAAUUAUAACAUAUAUAUACGGUGUUUGUGAUGGCUGUUCCCGUGGUUACCUUCAAUAAUGGGAAGACUUGCCCGAUCCUAGGGCUUGGGACGUGGAAGUCCCAGCCCGGACAGGUGACGCAAGCCGUAAAGGACGCGAUAGACGCCGGCUACAGACACAUCGACUGCGCGCACAUCUACGGCAAUGAGAAGGAGGUGGGGGCCGCGCUCGCCGCCAAGAUACAGGAGGGAGUCGUCACACGUGAGGAGCUGUUCAUCACCUCCAAGCUGUGGGGUACGUACCACCGGCCCGACCUGGUGGAGCCAGCCCUCAAGGUCACGCUGCAGAACCUCGGCCUGCAGUACCUGGACCUCUACCUUAUCCACUGGCCCCAGGCUUAUAAGGAAGGCGACGAUCCCUUCCCUAAAGACAGUUCCGGCAAGGUGAUCUACUCGAGCACGGACUACGUAGACACGUGGGGCGCCAUGGAGGCCCUGGUCUCGGCCGGCCUCACGCGCAGCAUCGGAGUGUCUAACUUCAACAAAAAGCAGAUCGAGAGAGUCCUCGCUGUGGCUAAGAUCCCUCCUCAAGUUAACCAGGUGGAAGUACACCCAUACCUGAACCAGCAGAAGUUGUACGACUUCUGCAAGUCUAAGGGCAUAGCUGUCACAGCAUACUCGCCACUCGGCUCGCCAGACCGGCCGUGGGCUAAGCCUGGAGAACCCCAGCUGACUGAGGACCCCAGGGUCAAGGCUGUAGCUGACAAGUAUGGGAAGACUACGGCGCAGGUUCUCAUCAGAUACGCGAUCGAACGCGGGCUAAUCGUGAUCCCCAAGUCGGUGACAAAGUCGCGUAUCAUCCAGAACUUCCAGGUGUUCGACUUCCAGCUGUCCCCUGAGGACCUGCAGGCUAUCGCGGCCUUGGAGUGCAACGGGCGCGUCUGCAAAAUGGAAGACUCCGACCAUCCUGAUUACCCCUUCCACGACGAGUACUAAGCCCGAGAAACCAGCAUAUCUCAGCACAAAGCGUGACAGUCUAUAUGUCGUAGGCCGAUCGU